AUGGACCAGGACAAAAUGUGGCAACUGAUGCUAUACACCUGGCUUGGCGAUGGAGGCGUCGGCGGCCUUCCGUGGCAACAUAUCUUGGCAACGGCUGGUCUGACAUGUUACGACGCAAGCCCAGCUCAAGCGAUGGCGGUGGUCAAGUUUGCCAUGUCUUAUACACAGUUCUGUGGUAUCCAUGUGCUGAGGUCCUUUGGAAGUGACGGGCGUGACAAGGGGCUGCGAUUUAGUCAAGACAAGUUCUUGAUGCUGAAGGCGUGGCAUGCAUGGGUUCCAACCCUGACUGCUGCAUUCAACUCCGAUUCAGCAAGCUUCGUGUCAAAGAUGCGUGGCAUUGAUGGGUUUGGAGAGCUGACCGUCAAAGAAAUCUUGAGCUACCUGGGUGUCUCCGGACAUGAACGGUUUCGCACGAUGGCGUUUGCACUCAUACCCUGCGGUCCAGGCGCGAAGAAUGGUGCAUCGUUGUUCUUUUGCAGCUGGCGACAAACUUGCAGCCACGCAUCCAGGAGUAUUUGGCGAAGUGCCUUCCGACUGUUGAGCCUGGAGUUACUGUGGUCGACAUAG